GUGGAGAAACAGCACGACUGGAGCCCAAUAGAGUCCGGCUGCAGAGAAAAGUCCGCGGGAUUUUAAAUCUAAGGGCGAUUUUUCUGCGAUUCACCCGCUUUUUAAGCAGGCCAGCAGUCUCAGCGCUCAGCAUGUCUGUUAACUACGCCGCGGGGUUAUCUCCGUAUGCGGAUAAAGGAAUCUGCGGGCUGCCUGAGGAGUUUGAUAGCGCAGAGGAUUUGAAAGCUAAAGUGGAGACGUUGGCGCAGCUGAUCAGAGAUUCUCAGUACAUGGUGGUGCACUCCGGAGCAGGAAUCAGCACUUCUGCAGGGAUUCCUGAUUUCAGAGGCCCGAAAGGUGUGUGGACGAUGGAAGAAAAAGGGGAGACGCCUCAUUUUGACACCACGUUUGAGGAUGCUAAACCCAGUUUGACUCACCUGGCCCUGCUGCAGCUACAGAGAGCCGGCUACCUCAAAUACCUCAUUAGCCAGAACGUAGAUGGCCUGCAUGUGCGCUCCGGCUUCCCUAGGGAUCGAUUGUCAGAGCUUCAUGGAAACAUGUUUGUUGAAGAAUGUGAGAAGUGUGGCAAGCAGUACGUGCGUGACACAGUGAUUGGAGUGAUGGGUUUGAAGCCUACUGGCCGAUACUGUGAAGUUACCCGUUCCAGAGGACUCCGAGCCUGCAGAGGGAAGCUGAUCAGCACAAUCCUGGACUGGGAGGACGCUCUGCCUGACAGGGAUCUGAACAGGGCUGACGAAGCGAGCAGGAGAGCUGACCUGGCCCUUACUUUGGGUACAUCUCUACAAAUUAAGCCCAGCGGUGAUCUGCCUCUUCUGACCAAACGCACCGGAGGCAAGGUGGUGAUAGUGAAUCUACAGCCAACUAAACACGACAAGCACGCACACCUACGGAUUAACGGUUACGUGGACGAGGUCAUGGGUCAACUAAUGAAGCUGCUGGGGCUGGAGAUUCCAGAGUGGGCGGGGCCAACCAUGUGUGAGAGCUCCGGAGGGGACGCAGACAUCCUGCCGUUCGGCGCUUGGAAGAAGGAGGUGAAGAUAGAGCUGAAGAUCGAGGAGAAGGAGGACGGACUCGGGCUGAGGAAGAAAAGCAAGAGGACCAAAGUCAAAGCUGAAGAGGUAGAUGAGAAAGAAAGAGUGAAGAAAGAUGAAGAAGAAGAGAAAGACACAAGGAAAUCACUUGAAAAGGAGCCUAUAAGUGACAGUAGGUCUAAACCAGCCUCAACACAUAGUGUAAAUGGCUCCACUUCAUCACAGGACUGUACAGACACAGAGAAGCCAUGUGAGGCUAAAAAGCCACGGACUGACCCUCCGUCCUCGUAGAGCUGCCUGUUCUAGGACAUCUGAGUCUGUAUUUUGGUGGAGAAAAUACCAGCAUUACAGCAGCAAACUCGGGCAGACUGCUUAAAGCCACUGUUAAGAUCCAGUCUUACUGUACUGUACUCAUUUAUUCUCUGCAGCCAGUAGGCAUCUGUAUCUGUUGUUUUCUUCACUCAGAGAUUAAUGUAUGACCCAGAAGCUGUGUGUGCUCAGUAGGAGGGCGAUAUGGGAGAAAAUCUAAUCUUACAAUACAUAAAAAAAAAUUUUUAUGGAGUUUUAUGUUAGUUGACCAAAGGUUUGAGACUGGUAAACUAGUUGGAAUGUACAGCAAACUCAAAAUCAAGUAAACACAUUUGCAGAGGCUGACAUAGUAUAAGUUAAAUGAGGUUUUUGAGGAAGCUCUGUCUGUAUUAAAUUAGUUAGGAGCAGUACAUCUCAAAAAAUAUCAGUGAAAUUCAGUUCAUAAAUGUGAAACUCGUAUAUUAUACAGCUGUAUUAUACACAGAGUGAUCUAUUAUAUAUAUAUAUAUAUAUAUAUAGAUAGAUAGAUAGAUAGAUAGAUAGAUAGAUAGAUAGAUAGAUAGAUAGAUAGAUAGAUAUAGAUAUUUAUUUAUUCUAUUGUUGAUUUGUUAUGGCUUACAACCAGUGAAAACCCAAAAAUCUGUCUCUCAGAAAAUUUGAAUAUUAUAUAAGACCAAUUGGUACUUUUGGCAGUGUGGGCAGUGUGCCAAGUCCUGCUGGAAAAUGAAAUCUGCAUCUCCAUAAAAAUUGUCAUCAGCAGAGAGAGGCAUAGAGUACUGUAAUGUGGGAAAACAAAACUGCACUGACUUUAGACUUGAUAGUAAAACACAGUGGAUCAACACCAGCAGAUGACAGACAUGACUCUCCAAACCAUCACUGAUAGUAAAUUUUAUUUGUAAUUUUAUUUCAUUUGUAAACCAAGGGAGCAGAGUCUGGAGGAAGAGUGGAGAGACACACAGUCCAAACUGCUCGAGGCCUAGUGUGAAGUUUCCACCAAUCAGUGAUGGUUUGGAGAGACAUGUCAUCUGCUGGUGUUGAUCCACUGUGUUUUAUUAUCAAGUCUAAAGUCAGUGCAGAUUUGUUUUCCCACAAAAUCUUACAGCACUUCAUGCUUCCCUCUGCUGCUGACAACUUUUAUGAAGAUGCAGAUUUUAUUUUCCAGCAGGACUUGACACACUGCCCACAUUGCCAAUAGUACCAAUUGGUCUUAUAUAAUAUUCUAAUUUCUAAAACACUGAUAUUUGGGUUUUAUUUGGCUGUAAGCCAUAAUCAUCAACAAUAAAAGAAAUGAAUGCUUAAAAUAGAUCACUCUGUGUGUAAUACAUCUAUAUAAUAUUUGAAUUUCACACUUUGAUCCGAAAUACUGAAAUAAAGUAAAUUUUCAAUGAUAUUCUAUUUUUUUUUUAGAUGCACUAGUAUAUAAAUAUAGAUUGUAGUAUUUUUUCUCCCCAAUUUAUCAUAGCCAAUUAACCCACUAGCUCUGAGGAUUUAUAUGUGGCUGUGUCUGAAACUGUGCCCUGUAAUCUCUACUGUAAUCUCUAUGUAGAGCAUUACUUUGGAGUUCUGUUAUUUUUCUGUAGUUCUGUAACAAAUCCACUGUGAACCACAGUACAGAUUGUACAAACUGUACCUUAAAAUCAUGAGCUAUAUAUAAUAAUCUGGAUUGGGCACAGAUAAUAAUUGGACAGUGCUUUUUUUUUAAAGAUCACAUGUGCUGCUGUUAAAUUCUGGAACAAGGAACUACAUUCAGAAAACCCUGUUUAAGUGAAGCUUUUAUCACAACAAUGCAAAUCCUUAUACAAGUCCUUAUACAGUUGUAUUGCCCCCACCCACAGUGUGUAAUAAUGUGAUGAAAUGUCAGUUACCAAGAGUGGGAAGAUACUGAAGCCACUGGAAACUAACUGCACUCAAUGCAUUAAAAAGUGAUUCAUUGAUUUAACUUGA